CCCAGCGUCAUAAUUCUGCCGAGGGAGGAGGGCGGCCGCUGCCGCAGAUGGUGGCUGUCAGAGAUCUGGGUCACGACACUAAAGAUUAAGAGGGUGACAAAGAGGCGGCUGCUUACACAGCGCCCGCCGCUAAGCUGCCUUGAAGAGAGCAAGGCAAGAGCCCCGCUGCCCGCAGAGCUGCUGGAGCACCCACCGCCUCGCCAGACCUCGGGGCACCCACCGUGGUGGAUCCGGAGGGAGGGGAGAGGGAGAGGUUGGGAACGCCGGGUACGGGAUGGCUGCGUCACCGGCGGGGUCGGUGGUGAGCGCCGGACUGGAUGAUAGCCCCACGGGGCUGAGCCCGGCUCCUGGCAAGGCGCUGAGCCCCGUGCUGCUGUGCAAGGUGUGCGGGGACACCAGCAGCGGGAAGCACUACGGCAUCUACGCCUGCAACGGCUGCAGCGGCUUCUUCAAGCGCAGCGUCCGCAGGAAGCUCAUCUACAGGUGCCAGGCGGGGACGGGGCUGUGCCCGGUGGACAAGGCACACCGCAACCAGUGCCAGGCCUGCCGGCUCAAGAAGUGCCUGCAAGCCGGCAUGAACAAGGACGCCGUGCAGAAUGAGCGCCAGCCCCGCAGCACGGCCCAGGUCCGGCUGGACAGCAUCGAACUGGACGCCGAGCUGCCCCCCGAGCACGUGGCCACCACCCACGAGGUCCCGCCGACCCCCUGCCCAGCUCCCCGCGGUCCCGGCGCCACCGUCGCCGUCACCCCGGGUCCCCGCGUGCCCACGCCGCCCACCAACCACCGCUUCAUGGCCAGCCUGAUGACGGCCGAGACCUGCGCCAAGCUAGAGCCUGAGGACGCCGAUGAGACAGUGGACGUGACGGGCCCCGAGCCAGAGCGGGCGGGCGGCGAGUACCAGGUGGCACCAUACCCGGCGGCCAGCCCCGAAAACGUCUAUGAGACCUCUGCACGUCUCCUCUUCAUGGCGGUGAAAUGGGCCAAAAACCUGCCUGUCUUCUCCAACCUGCCCUUCCGCGACCAGGUGAUCCUGCUGGAAGAAGCGUGGAGCGAGCUGUUCCUGCUCUGUGCCAUCCAGUGGUCCAUGCCCCUGGAGAGCUGCCCGCUGCUGGCUGUCCCCGAACUCGCCGCCGGCAAACUGCUGCCGGCCGCCCUGGACGUCCGGGCGCUGCAGGAGACCCUCAGCCGCUUCAAGGCGUUGUCUGUUGACCCCACCGAAUUCGCCUGCAUGAAGGCCGUGGUGCUCUUCAAACCAGAGACCCGCGGCCUGAAGGACCCCGAGCAGGUGGAGAACCUGCAGGACCAGUCGCAGGUGAUGCUGGGCCAGCACAACCGUUCUCACUACCCCGGGCAACCCGUCAGGUUUGGGAAGCUGCUGCUGCUCCUCCCGGCGCUGCGCUUCAUCUCCUCUGAGCGCGUGGAGCUGCUCUUCUUCCGCCGGACCAUCGGCAACACCCCCAUGGAGAAGCUGCUGUGUGACAUGUUCAAGAACUGACUCC